AUGCCUCGUCCCCGCAAAGCACCCAUAUCUAACGGCGCUGCCUCCCCUGCUGCAGUAGAGUCGUUGACCCCCACCACUACGUCCACCCCCGCUGCAGACUCGGCCAGCCCACCUCCUUCAACCCCCCAUGACACAGAGCCCUCGACGCCAGCCCCAUAUAGCACACUCAAGCGCAAGCGCGGCCGUCCCUCUCGUGCUGCCCUCGACGAAGCUCUCCGUUCGACUUCCACCCCCCUCCGCAAUGAUGAUGACCCCCCCUCUGACGCUGGGACUCCUGCUGCGUCCACCCCAUUAACCACGCUUUCAUCCAAGAAGCGCCGCGGGCGUCCCCCUGCCUCGGCGAAAAGCAUGCGCUCUCGCGGCGGUCCUUCUCACGUCACUAGCGUCCCCCUCGACAAAGACGGUAACCCCCAGACCGUUAUUAACGAUGAGAUUGUUCUCCCUGAGGACCCCGCCGGCGAGGACAAGGUCGACAAACUCGGCUACCUCCUUGGUGGGCGCGAGUACCGUUGCCGUACUUUCACGAUCCUGGGUCGUGGAGAGCGCCUUUACAUGUUGUCCACCGAACCGGCUCGUUGCAUAGGUUUCAGAGAUAGCUACCUGUUCUUCCAGAAGCACAAACAGCUCUUCAAGAUCAUCAUGGACGACGACGAGAAGUACGACAUGAUCAACCGCGAGCUCAUCCCGCACUCUUACAAAGGUCGCGCCAUCGGUGUCGUUACCGCACGAUCCGUCUUCCGCGAAUUCGGCGCACGCAUUGUGGUCGCUGGGCGCAAGGUCAUAGACGACUACUGGGAAUCGCGAGAGCGCGCUGCAGGCGCAGUCGAGGGCGACCUCGCAGAUCCCGAGGACCGUCUCCCUGCCAAAGGCGAAGAGUACAACCGCAACCAGUACGUAGCCUGGCACGGCGCCAGCAGCGUCUACCACACCGGCGCUCCCUCCGUUCCCCUGCCUGUCGGCGCAGCAGCGGCGAAGAAGAAGCGGGUGGUUGUGACGGACACGAACUGGAUGUUUGAGCACUCGCACGCAGCAUCGCAGUUCAAUUCGCGGCUGCUGGCGCAGCGCCUCCAGGGCGCCGCGGCGGGCGUGUAUGAGCCCCACACGAACCUGAUUUUCUAUCCGGCAGCCACGCAGCCGACGAGGGCGAGAUGGGAGCAGGUUGGUGCGGGCGAGAAGGGAAGAGGUGCGGUUAUUGAGACGUAUUUGGAGAGUGUGCCGAUUGGAGUGGGGAUUGAUGUGGGCAAGGAGUUGGGGUUGGGCGUCGAAAUGUACGAUGACGCUUUUGUAGAAGGGCUUGGCACCGAGGAGGAGAAGAUGGCGGUUAGGGCUAUGAGGAGCAGGGAGAGGGAGUGGGCGGGAAGGUGGUAA